AGUCCAUCGGCAUUCAGGAUUCCUUGUCAGGCUAUAUUUCCAAGGGUAUCGCCCUCUGCGCAAAACUGCAAGCCCAGGACGCGAUGGAUGCAUUUGACCUCGCGUCCAUGUUUACGAACGAAUAUUCAAAGACUACUCAUAUCCUCCUCCUCCUGCUCAAGGCACGUCGAUAUUUUUCCAUGUUUCACCUUGCUUCAUUAAGUUCAGGCAAUUGCUUAUUUCAAUGCAAAUCAACACGAGCACGCCAUCAUGCACAUCCAAAGGUUGGCUAAUGUUUGUCCCAAGGCAGACAUUCCUGUCUGUCAUAUCGCGUACCUACGUCUCCAACUGGGGAUCGACGCCUUUGAUGGUGCCUAUGAAAACGAAGCUGAUGAACACUUCGCUGUCAUUAUCAAUACCAUCGCUUCCACCUCUCAGUCAGCCAUUCAUUCUACAUAUGAGGACUUUGUCGUGCUCUUUGGAUGGAACCUCAAGGAACUGUGGCAAAUUGCAAGCCAGAGACGGUGCGAUGCACUCCUCCGCGCAGGUAUGCCUCGAGAAGCCCAUGAAUCGUAUCGAUAUAUGAUGGAUAUGAGCGACGAAGCGACCAAGGCUAGCUGUCUUGAUUGGUCCACUGUUUUCAAGCAAAAAUGUAGUGCACUUUAUGCUGUCGAUGGAGAUACUGCUGCCCUUACGGCGAGCGGAGAUACUGCACUCGAUGCUAACAAUUACGACAAAGCUAUUGAGCUAUACUCGGCGUCAAUCGACUUGGAUUCUGCAACCGAAGCUAUCUUUGCAAACCGCAGUAAGGCCAGGUUGGCAAAACUGCUAUGGGAGGAUGCACUCCUCGAUGCGCAAAAGGUUGUCGAACUCAACCCUUCCUCUUAUCUCGGAUACAAGUUAAUACACGCGGCAUUGCAUGGUGCACAACGCUAUGAUGAAGCCAUCGAGGCUUUCCAAGUCAUGCUAUCCAAGUUGGAUAAUUCUGCCGACCCUCAGCUACGAGAUCUGCGCCAACAGCAUGUCAGUCCAUCCGAAGUCGAGGAUGUGAUUAGGAUGGCCAUUUUUGUAGAACUUUCAAACGCCCCACUUCGUCUACUUCACAUAUCCGCUGGUCGUUUAUACAAUCGAUUUGCACAGAUAAAUGCCUUCCAGACAAGCGUGGAGUGCAAGGAGCUUCUGUCGUCCACAACGAAGCGUGCAGAUCUCCAUACAGAGCGCAUCCGAGGUGUGGUGGCGAUGUACUUCCGCUAUGUCAUGCUAUCGCAUAGGUGGGAAAAGACGGAGGCGCUGCUGCACCACAUCCAGGACAAAGUGGUGUACGAGUUGGAUGGACUCGGUGGCACCGCAAAACUGCAGUCAUUUUGCAAAAUCGCUCGUGAUGCGGGGUAUUUUUGGGCAUGGAUGGAUACAUGCUGCAUCGACAAAGCAAACAAUGUCGAGCUUCAAGAAUCGGUCAACUCCAUGUUUAUCUGGUAUCGCCAUUCAGCGCUUACAAUGGUCUAUCUCGCGGAUGUUCCGCCUUCAUCGAAACCGGGCGCACUGGCAAACAGCAUAUGGAACACGCGAGGAUGGACCCUACCGGAAUUCCUCGCCUCGAAAGUCAUUCACUUCUACCAAAGUGAUUGGACCCCGUAUCUCGACGACCGCUCUCCCAAUCACAAGGAGUCUCCCGCAAUCAUGCAGGAGUUGGAGGAUGUGACGGGCAUAGAUGCACGAGCCCUCACCACAUUCCGACCGGGGAUGAGAGACGCUCGAGAGAUGUUGCAAUGGGCAUCAAAACGUGGCACCACGAUACAGGAAGACAUCGCGUACUCGUUGUUUGGUACCUUCGGCGUCCACCUGCCUGUCAUCUAUGGCGAGAAGAAGCAAAAUGCGCUCGGGAGGCUUCUGCAAGAGAUCGUGGCUAGAUCGGGCGACAUCACUUCCCUGGACUGGGUCGGACAAUCGUCCGAGUUCAAUAGUUGCCUUCCAGCCGACAUCAUCUCAUAUGCGACCCCACGAUACUCCCUACCAUUGUCUGAAGAUGAGAUUCAGGCAGCAGUCUCUUCGUUGCGAAACAUUGUGCCUGUGGAUUCAGCUUGGAAGUUGUAUGACCUACUCGAGAACAUGAAUGUUCCGCUCUUCGCAAACUGCAGACUCCGUCUGCCUUGCAUCACAUUCCGUGUCACGGAAGUCAGACGCAUGCGGGGUCGCGUUGCUCAUUCCACAUAUGGAGUGAAAGCAGAUGGGCUUCAAGACUUGCUGAUCACCACGGACCAGACCCUAAUUCAAUUCUCGCGCACAAGGUCCACUCAGCAGACGUUCUUUCUUGUCCGUCCAUGGGACCGUCGUAUCCUUGGGCUGCCUGAUUUUUCAGAGCAACUCACUUUUGCAGACGAAGGGGAGAGCGUAGGGGAUUGGUCCGAGUCCGAGUCUGGAUCAGAUGACACUGACAAAUCGUCCAGCAACUCACCUGGAAAAGAGGAGUUGUCAGUUGACUCGGAUGUUCACUCACGAUCAUUGCGUUUGAUGGUUCACCUUGGGCAGGCUUUUAGCGCACUUUUGAUAGCGCAGCAACACGUUGGAGAAUACAAGAGGGUCGCGUCGGACCAAUAUAUCAUUGCGCAGGUGAAGGACCCGGCUUCGAUUGACAUUAUGAACAUCAGGACCCUAGACAUAUUGUAGCUGAAUGGUUUUUUACAACACAUCGACGAUCACAUUAUCAUAGUCUCAUAUAUCAUACAUACCCUGCAAAUGAUCCUCGCAAAUAAAGAAUCCAAAAUUUGACAUGCAAAGGCACC